AUGGCUCCACUCUCGUGCUUCUCCACUCUCUAUGUCUGCACAUUCCUCGUGGCGUCGGUCUCGACAAGGCACAUCCACCGUCCACAAGUCCACCAGCAUCAAUACCGUCAAGCUGUCCCGGUCACCAUUACAGCUGUUGAAACUUCGUCGCUCACAACGGCGGUGACUGCUGCUGCUGCUGCCUCUUUCGCCGCUGGCAACGAUGCCAUUGCAGACAUUGAAAAGAUACAAGCAGGGUUAUCGGAUCUGCCAGCCGAUUUGCUCUCACUCGUACAAUCAGUCGAGGCCCGUCUCGAAUAUAUGGAGAGUGUGCUGCAGGAGUUAGUCGGGUCGACGUCGACUUCUGUUUCCUCAGCAUUGCCUGUCUCGCCCACGCUGCUCCCACAACCCUCAACACUCAUCCGGUCGACGACUGUAACAACCCCUACCACAGCAUCCUCGUCGCUUGUCCCUUCUCUGCCAGCACUUUCCUCCAGGAACAGCUCUUCCACCUCGAGGAUAUCCUACAACACCACCACUCGAACGUCUCGUAUUACAUCCACCAGAAUACAAACUAUCACAGUGCCCCGAGCAACAUCUACCUUACCUGCUUCGUGGAUAUCUCGAGGCCUUCCCAGCGGCACGUUUACAAGUUCGGGCAAUUGGACGCUACCUUUUUCUACGAGUGGCAAACCUGCUGUGGCUUCUUCUUCUUCUUCGUCUUCUUCCUCUUCUUCUGCUGCUGGAACGCGAACAAUCAUGCUGCUACCUCCAGCGCCAACCGCGUGGGAGCAACGAUGA